GAGUCACGGCGCUGGCUCCGGACCGCGGGAGCGGCUGGGGGGCCGGACGGAGGGCCGGGGCGGCGGCGGCGGCGGCGGCGGAGACCGCUCCCCGGGGUUGGCGGGAGCAGGUCCCGCCCCUCCUCGGCCCCGCCCCGCGCCCCCAUCCUCUCCCCAUUGUCCUCUGACGAGUGGUCGCUGGCCGUUCGCUCUGCGUCCCUCCGGCCUCCGCGCCUCCCCUCUCCUCCGGACCGGGCCGCCGACCCUCCCCUCCGGGCGCAGCUGCCCCUCACCUGCACCUCGGGCCAUGGCCACCAUCCCGGACUGGAAGCUCCAGCUGCUGGCCCGGCGCCGGCAGGAGGAGGCGGCCGCGCGGGGCCGCGAGAAGGCGGAGCGGGAGCGCCUGUCCCAGAUGCCAGCUUGGAAGCGGGGGCUCCUGGAGCGCCGCCGGGCCAAGCUGGGUCUGUGCCCCGGGGAGCCCAGCGCUGCGUCCGGGCCUCCAGAGGCCGGGCCUCCAGACCCAGACCAGUCUGCGGUCCUGCGGGAGGCCAUCGGCCCGGUGCACCAGAACCGAUUCAUCCGGCAGGAGCGCCAGCAGCAGCAGCAGCAGCGGCGGAGUGACGAGCUGCCGGCGGAAAGGAGGCUGGGGCCUUCGGAGGCCCGGGAGUGGAGGCCCAGCCCUGGGGAGAUGCAGGAGCUCGGCCCCGGGGAGAGGGCGUCCGGGGAAGAGCGGCUCAGCCCCCGGGAAGCCGGCGACGGGAGGCCGGGGACAGGGGGAGCCCGAGAGCCAAGCCCCAAGCCUGCGGGGCACCCGGGCCGGCCGCGCCAGGGCGAGGCUGGGGACCGGGCCUCGGGGCUGCCGGAGGCGCGGCGCUGGCGGCCGAGCCCGGGCGAAGCGGACCCGGCGGAGCCUCGAGAACAAAGCCCCGGGAGCGGGAGCGAGGCUGCGGCCCCGCCAUGGAGGCCUGGCUGCGCGGAGGCCCUGGAGCUGAGUGCGAGGCCGCUGGAGCCGUCGGAGCGGAGCCUGAGCCCCGGAGGAGGGACGGGCAGCUCCGCGGACAGGGGGCGCCCCGAGGACGCGCGGGCUCCCCGGCCGGCCCCGCAGGAGCCCCCAGGGCCGCCCGGGGCCCUGACGCGCGAGGCUGCGGGCGGCCCUGACGGCGGGCAGCCCGCCGAGCGGAGCCCCAGCCCCGCCGAGGCUGCGGAGGGGGACCCCGGGCCGGCCGAAGGGUGGAAAUGGACCCUGCACUCUGGGAGGGCUCGAGAACGGACAGCCAGGGACGCGGAGCCCGCCCCUCGGAAGCCAGCCCCUGCGGAGCCCGCCGGCCAGCUCCCCGGGCCUCCCGGGGUGGAGGCUGCGGAGGAGGCGGGGGCUCCGGGGCCGCUGCGGAGCCGCUGCGCCGGGCCCUGCCCCCUCCCGCCCCGGGACGCGGGGCAGCAGGAAGAGGAAGCCGAGGUGCCGCGGCCCCGGCCCGCGCCCGCGCCUCUGUCUCCCCCGCCGCCGGCCCCCCAGCCCCCCGGGGACUCCCUCAUGAGCCGGCUGUUCUAUGGGGUGAAGGCAGGGCCGGGGCUGGGGGCGCCCCGCCGCAGCGGACACACCUUCACCGUCAACCCCAGGCGGUCUGCGCCGCACGCGGCCCCGGCCGCUCCCGCCCCCGCCGACGCGGCCCCGGCGGCCGGGAAGAAGCGGUACCCCACCGCCGAGGAGAUCGCGGUCCUGGGGGGCUACCUCCGCCUCAGCCGCAGCUGCCUGGUGAAGGGGUCCCCGGAAAGGCACCACAAACAGCUCAAGAUCUCCUUCAGCGAGACGGCCCUGGAGACCACGUACCAGUACCCCUCCGAGAGCUCGGUGCUGCGGGAGCUGGGCCCCGAGCCCGAGGCCCCCAGCGCUCCCAGCGCCCCCGCGCCCCAGCCCGACGACGACGAUGACGAGGAGGAGGAGCUGCAGGCGGAGCCCCCGGGCGGGCUGCGCUCCAAGGCGCUGCUAGUGGACGAGUCCUGCCGGCGGUGGCCCUCUUCCAGCACAGGGACACACCUUCCUCCUUCCCAGAACUGAAGAUCCUGGACCCCAGACGAUUCAGAACAGAUGCCCCUGAAAAUGAGCCUGGCAGGGAAGGACAGCCAACGUCCUCCAGCCAGCUCUCCUCACCCUGUUUCUGAGGACAGAGCCCGAAUGCCACUCACCCAAAGUCCCCAGUGAGUGUCACAUGUGGGCAUACUCCCUCGGUGACCCCAGUGCCCAGGCGGAGCUCACAGGAUGGUGGGGAGGAGAGCCCUCCAGCUCCGUGGGCACCGUACUCCGCCCUACGGCCCAGUCCUUACAGGCUCCUUUAUCCUGUUCCUUAGGCACUGCUCUUCGUUUGCAGCUCCUGCUUCCUCUCUCUUUUUAAAAAUAUUUUUUUAUUGAUUUCAGAGGGAGAGAGAUAGAAACAUCAAGGAUGAGAGAGAACCAUCAAUUGGUUGCCUCCUGCAUGCCCCCACUGGGGAUCAAGCCUGCAACCAGGGCCUGUGCCCUGACUGGGAAUCGAACCAUGACCUCCUGGUUCAUAGGUUGAUGCUCAACCACUGAGCCACACUAGCUGGGCUCUUGCCUCCUCUCUUGACCAUAACCUGGUUUACAAAUCCCCCAGUUCCCCUCCCACAAGGUCCCAGGUUUACAAGCCACACCCAUUUCCCACGUCCUGUGGCCCUCUUCCGUGGCCCCGAAGUCACCUCGUUGGGAAUGACCCGGGGUGUGGCUUCCUCCACGUUUGCUCAGUAUUACUCGGCCUUCGUUUCCCAGAGGGAAGCUGGGAACCUUAGCUCAGUGCCCCAUCUGGUUAUUUAAUUCUGUCCUCCUCAUGGCGCACAAGUGAAUUGAAUUGCAAGGGUUUGGUGUGACUAAGGAAGCACCUCAAUUCUCCCCCGCUACUCCUUCCUUACCAACUGCCUGUUUGUUUUUAAAAAGACAAAAACAAUUUUUCAUAAUAAAGUGGAGUUCUUUCCAA